AUGGAUCUAUCUCCUUCAUAUUCAGUCGAUGAUGAAAAUGAGGGAGAUGUGCAGUCACCUCUUGAAGAUGUAGAUAACGAUACUACUCCAAAUGAAGUUGAGCUUGAAAUUGAGGAAGAAUAUCUAACUCAAGAAUCACCACCACAACUUGGGUUGAGAAAAUCUACAAGGGACAGGCAACCUUCGAAAAAUGUCCGAGAUCGCAAGACCACAGAAUUCCAAACUUUGACACAGGGUAGCAAAACAGUGGCUGAAUAUGAUCGUGAUUUCACCGAGUUGGCAAGGUAUGCACCUCAUAUGGUCAAUAACGAGUACAGGAAAGCUAGGAAGUUUGAGAGUGGACUUCGGGGACGAAUACAAGAUCGGGUUAAUAUGCUUAAUAUGCCGACUUAUACCAGAGUGUUAGAUAAAGCCAUCCUGGCAGAAGCUAACUUGAACAAAUACCAGAGUUCAGGGGAGAAUCAAAGAAAGAGGCAGGAUUAUGACAAUCGCCAAGCACCGUCUAAUGUCAAUAAGAAGGUAAGUGUGGGAAAUUCAAGCAACUCAAAUCAGGAAAGUGGCACCAGGCUGACAUGUACAAGUUGCGGGAUGCGACAUUUUGGAGUUUGUCAUCAGGCAUCUGGGGUAUGCUUUGAGUGCGGUGAGAUGGGGCAUCAUAUUAAGGAUUGUCCCAAGGUAAAGGCUAAAGAUGGUAAGAAGAGAUGA